UCCCGCAGCAGCGACGGGCGAUGGGGCGAAUCCCCCACAGACCGGGCGGCCCUUGGACGGGGAUUCUCCUGGCAGCCUCCGUCCUGGGCUCCUGCCUCCAGCCGGCGCCGGCCCAGACCCCAGUGACCAUCGUCCUCACCCCGCCGAGCCCCGUGGUGGGAGGGGGCGUCAGUCUGGCCCCGCAGCCACCGCCACAGGGCUUCACGUCCUGCAGCUGGUACCGAUCAGCGACCGCUGAUGAAACCAGCCGGAUCCUCAGUUACUACCUACUAACACCCCCCGUUCAGAUCAACGGCUCGGUCCACACGGGGCGGGAGACAGCGGGGCCGGGCUGCGUCCUGAACAUCGCGGGGUUAACGCUCAGCGACACCGGGAACUACACGGUGAAGAUAGAGAGCAAUACUAACCGUGUCCUCCACCUCUCUCUGCACGUCUAUGGUAACCCGGCUGGUCUCUCUCCCGGGACCAUCGCUGGGAUCGUCAUCGGGUCACUGGUGGGGGUGGCGCUGGUUGGAGCCGGGGUCUAUCUCCUCUACGCUCGCUGCCGGAAUGAAACCCCCAAGGAGAACGGGGCACCCGUCCUGGUGUACGAGAACCUGCCCCCGACAGCCUGGGUGGGGUCUGCGGCCCAGCCCGGGAACCCCUCUGACCCCAGCCCCACAUACCAGACGCUGCAGCCCCGACAGCCGGACGUGUACGAGGAGCUGAAGAAGUGACGCCCCCUCCUGCCCCCCGUGCAUGGUGGGAGGGGCCC